AUGCCCGCGGUACCAAAAGAUCACUAUCUCUGGACAGCCAUCGUCCGAGGAAGAGAUGGCCCCGCAAACAUCGCGAAAGCAGCAGAGCUCAGGGCCCUUGUCGCGGCAACCGCGGGAUGCACCAUCGUCAAAGACUUUCACCCAAUGGAGGGUCAUGGCUUCAUCUACCACAUGGCCAAUACCGUUGAGUCAAACCCACUUCAAGAGUCUGCGGAGUCCAUGAGAGCGGAGGUCGUAGACGUCUCGGAAUCGCAGGUGGAUGAGGGCGCCGAAUUCCCUUACACAUCUGCGGACGAGCUCAGCGACGAUGACUAA